AUGUCUUUCAUCCAAGAUACUACAGGGAUUUUAGUGCAUAACAAAUGGCUACUGCAGUUUACAAAGCCUCUGCUUGAAGGGAAUGAAGAGCGUAAAGCAUGGGAGGUUGUCCCAUCCACAUUUGAAGGUUUUUGCCAGUGGGCACAUGUCGCCCAAAACCCCUCAGAAAAACAAGUCGACAUGUUGUCGCAACCUCUUCCCCCACAAGACAUAAACGCCCUGCUGCACGUGAUGCGCACGCAGAUUGGGGCGUUAACCUCACAACUCGCCAAGAUGCAGGCCAAUCUCCCUACAGCAACCCCCUCGGUGGAAAAGAAAUACAAUAAAAAGGUCGAAGUCGUCGCUGACCCUGGCGCCUUCGAGGGAGACCGAGCGCUGUCAUGCACCAAAAUUGAUUGGUAG